AUGCCAUCUUCCAAGCCCUACCCCCCUCCUCUCAUCAUCCCCCCUCUACAUCAAGACCAACACACCCAUACCCUCAUCCUCCUGCACGGCCGCGGCAGCAACAGCGAGCGCUUCGGCCGCGUCUUCCUCGACUCAACCGGCCUCGCCAAGCGCCUGCCCACGACCCGAUUCAUCUUCCCCACCGCGCGGAAGCGGCGCUCAACAGUCCUCAAGCGCAUCCCGAUCAACCAGUGGUUCGACAACUACUCGCUCGAGGACCCCAACACGCGCACUGAGCUGCAGCUGGACGGCCUGCAGGAGAGCAGCGAGUUUCUGCGGCAGUUGGUCGAUGCCGAGGCGGGGCUCUUGUCGACGGCGACGGGUCUGGCUGUCGGGGAGGCGUAUCUGCGAGUUGUGCUGGGCGGGUUGAGUCAGGGGUGUGCGGCGUCGGUGUUCUGUCUUCUGGGGGGAUGGCUUUCUGGGGGAGAGGAGGGGCAGGGGAGGCGGCUUGGGGGGUUCGUGGGGAUGAGCGGGUGGUUGCCGUUUGAAGGGGAGAUUGCUGGGGUAUUGAAGAUGAGCGCAGGGGAGUCGGACUCUGAGGCUGAAGAUGACGAGGAUGACCCGUUUGCCCGCGAUGCCGAUGGCGACGACGUCCCCGCGCAUGUCCAGGCAGUCAAUCAUAUCCGGGAUAUUCUCGGUAUGCCAGCGAUCCCGUCCGACGCCGAGGACUCGGAGACUGCGUUCUUGAAAACACCAGUAUUCCUAGGCCAUGGGGCUGCAGAUGCAAAAGUGUCGGUAGACCUGGGACGGCGGAUGGCGGCCACUCUAUCGGACGGGUUCGGAAUGGAUGUGACGUGGAAGCCAUAUGAGGAUUUCGGACACUGGUAUAAAGUGCCAGACGAGAUCGACGAUGCGAUGCGCUUCUUACAGGAGAAGGUCGGGUUUGCCGUGGUGGAGGCGGUUGAGGAGUCGGUAUGA